UAUCACCGACCGCCUCAAUGGUUUCUUCUGUUCGCAAUUAGCAUCUGUCCUGACGUGAACCGCCCGCACCGGCAUCAUAGGGUCGACCGGUCCCCCGAGAAACGUACGGCAGCUACCCGAAGGGCGCCCGUCAGCGUCCGGCUGCGAGCGAGCUGAAACAUUGCGCCUGGCGAACAGACACGCUGGGAGAUUGGGAAGAGAGGAGUGGAGAGUGUGGAUGAGAGCUGAUGGAGAGCUUGGGGUAUGCUCCAGUGCGGUUUUCCUGGGGCAUUGCGGAGGUGUUGCGCCAAGGCCGACGAAGCCUUUCCGGAUUCUGAACGCAGGCAAUGGGAAAAAGAUUGCCGGGUUGUCCUCUACCACAGCACACCUGCUUAAUAUCGAAGGGAGCCCAACGAAAAAGCUGAACUUAGAUUGGGGAGUAUACCAGUAUGGCCCAGCGGAAUCUGGAGGGCGAUAUCCUCGUGAACCUUCUGAGCAUCCACCAGGCGAAGGAGAAGAAAUUCUUUGGGUUCCUGGGUGAGCCGAGGAACGGCGCAACUAGAGACGCUCAAGACGAGGACAGGUCAAGAGACAAGCCCCUUGGCGGGGAGGAGGUUGGAAUUGGAGCGAAGAUACCCGAAAAUCUUCAAGAUGACGUCUUUGCACAAGAUGACUUCUUCUCGCAGCCGUUGACUGCUUCAUCAGAGAAGCUGCUGCAACAGUUAUUAGGGAAGAAGGCUGCCAAAGGCCACAUCGCAGCAAAGCAAGCUCCUCAGAACGUCAAAACCUCUAGAAAUGGAAAGCCAGUGAAGCCCACUAAGCAGGAGGUGAGCGAGGAUGAGGAAGAAGGGAGAGCCGCUGCCUUCGGAUCGAAAAGGCGCAAGAUAGCAAAAUCUGCCGAACCGUCAGAAGCGCCAGACCCACCUGACAGUCGGGAGCAUAGUCUCAUGAUGGAAGAGAAUGUUGACCCUGCCAGCGCUGAAGCUGAGCUCGACAGUACGAGGGCAGUGCGUUCAGAGAAACAAGUUACCAAGAAGGAUGGCGUCGAUGGAGAAGAUCCAAUAACCUCUGGAACCAAGUCAAAGCCAGCCACCUAUCUGGACGAGAUCCUAGCAGAGCGUUCAAGAAAGAAGAAGAAGAAGAAGCUGAAGAACAAAGAAGGUUCGCAGCCGUGAAUGCAUGGACUGUGAGAGUAGGUUGGAAGGUUGGAAUUAGCAAGGUCUUCGACGACGACCAUGGUGACUUUCGCAU